AUGUGGCGUUGCCGUUCUUUUCUCCAGAGCCCGGCCCGGCCGCCCUUUCCCCGGCCUUCUGGCACCGGCCCGCUCGGGGGCCUUUUCACCCGGUCUUUGAAGACCCCCGUCGUCCUCCGCCGGGCCGCCGAGGACGCCAAGGCGACGGUGCUCUGGCGGUGGCGCAGCGAUUACCCGCAGAGGCUAAUUCUCAGCCUCCACACUCCCUCAACGAAGGAAAAGAGCCAGUGGCCGAUCUUCGGGCGGCUUUUCCUACGCCCGAUCUCCAUCGCGAGGCUCCUGGCGGUCCUGCAGGGGUGGUCGAGGGACCCGGUCCGGAUCGAUCGGGCCCACGCCACCCUCAGCCUCACCCCCGGGCAGUCGUCCUUUAACCUGCAGGGGACCUUCACGUCGAAGCUCCCCGCAGCGGAGGGGAAGGGCCCGAACGCGGUGUCUACCUACAACGACGGCGACACCCACGCGAUUGAGAUGCGCCUAGAAGGGGAGCAGUUGGUGUUGUUGGCGAGCCACCUGGAAGGGGUGCUGUCGGACUGCUUUCGCAUCGAACACAGCCAUUACGAAACAAGGGCGGGGGGGAAGCCACAGACCACCCGCUAUUACAGCCAACAAUCUCAAAAAACGCGGUGGGAACGCCCGAGGGAGCGCCCGCCCGCGCUGGAUUCGUUUUUUGAUUUCCCCGAAAUGACUCUUCCGAGCACGGAUGAGCCGGUGAAGGCGGCCCCUCCCGUCCUGGAUGCCCGCAAAGAGGAGGCGACGAAGGGGCCUUCCCCCGCCGACAGCCCCCCAACCCCGGGUGACGUGGGGCCGCGCGGGGCCACCAUAACGAAGGACGUAUUUAUCGAUGAUCUCAAGGAAGACGUCGAUGCUAACAACCUUGAAUGGCAGGAAGAAGGGGAGGACCUUGAGUUUGACGUAGACGCUGACUGCAAGGACCUUAAAGGUGAAAAAGGGGGUAAUGCGAAUCCUCCGAAGAUAAGCAACGACGCCCGACCGGCGGCCAAAGCGACGGGGGAUGAAGUUGAAAAGUCCGAGUUGCCGAUUCCCUUAAAGGCGAUUGACGAGUUCGAUCUAGAGGAGAUUGAUCAGACUUCAGGUAAAAUCGAUGCAGAUCCCAAUGUGGUAGUAGAUGACAAGUCCGUUAAUACGAAGAAUGCAACGGGAAAUGCCCCAAAUCCUCAGAGUAAGGUUCUUGAAGACAUUAGUAAGUUUUCCCCCUCCCUUCCGGUGAAGGAUGACAAACCAUCUAACCGCACCGAAAAGGAAUCCCAAAUUGAUAGUACUGAUAUGCAGCGUCAUAGGAUGGCAGACAGGGCUACAGUUGAGAAGCCCAAGGCUGCUUCUGUUGUUUCCACUUCGGAGCUCAGGGCAAACGGUGGGUUGGAUUCGACAACAAAUCAACCCAUAUCGCCUACGGCAGUCGCUAGCCGAGCUCCGAUGGCGGGAUUGGGUGGUGAGGCUCCGACUGGCACCGCCCUGGGCGAUUCAGCUGCCGGCUCCAAUAAUAAGGGGAGUUCUGCUGAAAAAGCGAAAAGCAUCCCAAGCAAAACGCUCUCAAAUGAGAAACUUAAAAGCGAGAGCGCCAAAAAGCGUAAAAGUUUGACUAAAAGCUCGCGGGGAAGAACGACUAAAAAGGACAAAGUAGUCAAUAGAAAGGGUAAAUAA